AUGAGCAGAAGGCAACAACUUUUAAAUCAAGGCCUUAAAAGGCCUAAAUUCACAGAAGAUGAAGGUUGCAGAAUAGUAGGGGAGCGCUUUCACUCAAAUUCCUUCAUAUUUAGACAACCUAAUAAUGCCUCUGAUGAAACUAUAAGAUUUCCUAAUGAUGCCAAUCCCAACACCCAAAGAAACCAUAAUGCUACUAAUCUAAGAGCGGCAAGUCAAGGCACAAGUAGUGUUAGAAAUAUUUAUCGAAGACUUGAAUCUCAAAAGAAUCAAAAAGCCUCAAGUAAGGCUCCUUCAAGCAGCAACAAUAGUUUCGCUGGAAGCUCGAUCUUUAAGAACAACUCACAGUCUCUCACCCAAGGCAUCAAGGGCUUCUCUGAAAAAUUUAGCAAGAGAAAGCCUUACAAUAGGUUUUCAGAUAAUUAUGGAAGCCGAUCUUGGGGUAUGAGCAAUAAGUUCUCAUGGAACAACAGCAGGUCCUCAAGUGGAAACUCAUUAGUAGACUUCCUGGCUAAGAAACAGUCAUCAACGUAUGAUCAACAGAAGGCAAUCCAAGCUGAGAGAAAGUAUCAAGCGAACAAAGAAAAAGUCGAUAAGCGCUGGGAGAAGCACUUCCAGAAGUCCAAGAAUAAGGUCAAGAGUAGUGAUAGGGUUUCAAUGAGCUCUCAAUCAAGAAGUUCGUUUGAAAAGAAAAGGGAGCAAAAAGAGCAAGAAAAGGGAGCUCCAUUUCACUCUGGUCAAUAUGGAGAUCUGAUAGAUAUCUCAUCAGAUUCUGGCUCUCCAGAGAAGAAGAGCUAUCCUGAGUUUUAUGAGAGGAAGGAAACUGAUCAACAGAGAAAGAAACAUUUUGAAAAAUGGAGAAGAUUGGUUGAUGAAGAGGAGCUAGCACAGAAAAAGCAGCUAUUUGAUACAGAUGUGAGACAUAGAUACGCCAAAGACAGCCAUACUCCAGGAAAGAUAUCAAAUUCUAAACCUAAACUCUCAGACGAAAAGGAUAUAGAAGAGUAUGUCAAGCAAGAUAAAGAGAGAAGAGCUUUCCUGUACAAGCAUACACAAUCAAAUAAAGACUCAAAGAUAGACAAUGAUAUCCAGAAUAUGGAGAAGCUUUUUAACAAGGAUUUCAAGGAUCUAGAGCAUCAUCGGAAAGAUAAGAGGCUUUCUGAAAAAGACAUGAAAUAUCAGAGAUCUCUAUCACUUUCUCAUUCUCACUUUAAGAGAGAUAUUUCAAACGAAAGCAUUGCAGAGAAGGAAAAGUAUGACCGUGAAAGAAGAAAUAGAUAUGAGCAUAGAAGGAAUGACGGACCUUUCGUGAAGAAGAUACUAGAUCUCAAACUCUUCUCCAAGCCAAAAGUCUCAUCCAAAGAAAUUCCAAUUAAAUUUGAUGACUACAUGCAAUACUACAAAGUCUGGAUGCCACUUUUCGAGUAUGAAGUCUAUUCUCAACUAAUAAGUAUGAGAAAAGAAGGAUCUAAAUCUAAGCUUGCAGAUGUCUGCUACACUGCGAGUCUUGCAAACUACACAAUCCAAGGAAUGCUGAAGAGCCCAGACAGACUAUUCUUCUCACUCUUAAUGUGAGCUCCAAACAAUGAAAUUGUUAAGUAUGAAAACAGAGCUCCUCAAAAACUUAAAACAAGGAAAUCUAUACAGAAAGAGAGGUUCUCCAAUAAUUUAGAAUGGAGCAAGAUCUUCAACCAAGUUAGAGAAAACGAUCUAAUUUACCUCUCCAAUAAGAGACUUGAAAAGAAAGAGGAGAAAUUUAACUUUGCUGCAAUGAAACCAUACAAUCUUUUCCAAUUCUGUAACCCAGAAUUAGGAGGAGCCCUUGGAGUUGUCAACAAAAGAAUGAAGAAGUCUGGCAACGUAAUAGAGGUGAAAUUCAGUUAUGAUAUCAAAGACCCUCUGACUUCUCUCUGCAAAAGAAUGCAGGACGAUAACCAAGACUUCUUUGUUUAUUACAUCACAAAUCUCUCUACUGUAAUCAGAGAAUAUCUUGCUUUGAAAUCUAUAGAAUUCAGUAAAUUUGUGAAUGCAAUCUUAGAUCCUCUAAAGUACAAAGAGAUUCUUUCCAAAAGAAUGACUUUGAGAGAACUGAACAAUAAGAAAUACAACGAUUCCCAAAAUGAAGCCUUGAGAUAUGUAGCUUCAAUGAAUACCGGAGGCCUUAGUUUGAUCCAAGGGCCUCCAGGAACAGGAAAGACUCAUACAAUUCACGGGAUCCUCAACAUGUUUGUUGAGACUAGAGUUGAGCCUAAUUUCAAGAUCCUGGUAUGCACUCCCUCGAACGCAGCCUGAGAUGAGCUCGUCAGCAGACUUGGAAGAGAAACCGAGCGAAGGCAAGGACUCGUCUACAAAAUGGUGAGAAUUGGAGCAUUUGAUUACGAGCCUCCCAUGAUAGUCAAAAAGUACACCCUUGAUGAAAUGGUUAAAAGAGAACUCAAAAAGACAGGAAGGAAAAUAGAUUUCACUGACAUAGACAAGAAGUGCAAAGAAAUGGACAUUCUUGGGGUAGAAAUGGAUAAAAUUGAGAAAAACAUCAAGAAGUCAACAGAAGAAGAGAAAGUAGAUCUGAAGCAAAAGCAUGAGCAGAUCAAAAUUAAAAGAGGAAAACUAAUGGGUGAGACUAAUCUUCUGAGACAGCAAAAGAGUCAAUCUAAGAUAAACGCAAGUUCGAUCGAAGAAAGUAUUGUCAGGCAUGCAGAUUUCAUAUUCACUACCUUAUCCAUGUCUGGAGUUGAGCUUUUAGAUAAAAUGGAUUUCAAAUUCUCACAUUUGAUCAUUGAUGAGGCUUCUCAAGCCACAGAAAUUUCAGCCUUAAUUCCUUUCUGCCACGAUGUGAACAAAGUAAUUUUAGUUGGAGAUCAGAACCAGCUUCCUGCCACCGUAUUCUCUGAGAAUGCUGAAAAGACUUUAUUCAACAGAUCUUUAUAUGAAAGGUUUCUGGGCAACGAGAUAGAAUGUUUUACUCUCAAUAUUCAGUACAGAAUGCAGAGUAUAAUCAGAGAGUUUCCAAACAACCAGUUCUAUGAUGGCAAAAUUGUUGAUGACCCUUCAAUAAACAAGAGAAUCCUAGAUAGAACAAAAGAGAAAUGCCCUAAGCUUGCCUUCUUCAACCUCGAGUUUACUGAAUGAGAUGGAGGAGUCUCAAAAUCUAACCGCAAAGAAGCUGAAUUUGUUGCAGGGCUUUUCAUGGAACAACUUUUCAUUAGAGGAGAUGGAAGUUUCGGACAAGGGUUAGAAGCAAUAACUGGAAAAGUUGGAGUAAUCACACCUUACAGAAAGCAGUCAGAUGUUAUCAAGGACUGACUUAUUGAGGCUCUACUUGAAGUUGCCCAGGAGCAUCCAUCUUUUCAUCUCAAGAAUCCUAAUUUUCUUAAAGAAGGAGCUAAAGAAGAAAUCAAUAAGAUCAUUCAAGUCUCUACAGUUGAUUCCUUCCAAGGAAAAGAGAAAGAUACCAUAAUUAUAAGUCUAGUCAGAGUUUCAAAAGCAUCUGAAACUAGCAUUGGAUUUCUUCAUGAUUACAGAAGAAUGAAUGUUGCCUUGACAAGAGCCCAAAACUUUCUUUGGGUAAUUGGCCAUGCUCCAACACUAAACUCUAACAAAAACUGGGGGGAUUUCAUCAGAUUUUGUUUCAAGAAGAGAUGAGUUAAAACGAUCUCUAAAGAGCCACCAGCUUAUAAGAUUGUUAAUGGUGAGAAAAAGUCAAGAUAUUGUUUCAGUGAGAUUGGGCCUAUAGAUGAAAGUCCAAACAAAAAGAAAAGGAGGAGAAACAGAAAGAAGAAGUCAAAUACCAGAAAAGCUCAUACUAUCAUCAAUAUUCCAGAUUCUGACACCCAAGCGACGUCUAAUCCUCAACAAGAGGCUAUUCUGAUCGAAGAAGAUGUUCCCCAAACACUUAGCAAAUUCAAAUAAAGUAGCGAAGAAGACAUAAUUUAUGCA